AUGCUCCAUGUGCCUUUGUCCCUCGGCGUCCUGCUGGCCCUGCUGGGUGCCCCAUGGGCGCAGGGCUGCGCGGCCCCACAGGCGCUGGUGUCGGAGCUGCUGCAGCGCUUGGAGAGCUCCGCGCUGGAGGAUGCGAGCCCCAACCCCAGCGUCCUCCUGGCCCUGAACCUGGCCGGCUCCUCCAGCAGGGAAGCGCAGAAGCUGCUGCUCCAGCAGCUGAAGGAGGAGGCGGUGAAGAGGGCCCCGAAAGACAUGGCCUCGGGGGAGGUGGCUCUGCUCGUGCUCGCCUUCCUCUCCUCCUGCCAGGACCCGCAGCAGGUCCAGGCCCUGGGGCUGAGCGUUGACCUGCUCCGCAUCCUGCAGCAGGCGACCGACGGGGAGCUGGCCAACAUGGAGGUCGAAGGUGUCCCCAGGACCACCCUUUACAGCGUCAGCCUGGACGCCCUCAGCCUGUGCCUGGCCGGGGUUGGUGGCUACCAAGAGGCCUCCGUGGAGCUGGCCAAGGAGCUGCUGAGCCCCUCCAGCCCCCUCUCCGUGGACACCCGGGCCAUGGCGGUGCUGGCGCUGGUGUGCACCCAUGGGCGCACGGACCUGGAGGACGUGCGGGACCUGCUCCGAGAGGCUGUGGCCGAGGUCACCAUCGCCUUCCUGGACGAGCAGGAGCAGAGCGGCGGCCUCAUAGGGAACAUCUACAGCAUGGGGCUGGCCAUGCAGGCGCUGCAAUCCGCAGGGGCCUUUUACGCCCCUCGGCGAUGGGAUUGCUCCCGAGCCGUGGCCGCGGUGUCCGAGCAUCGCUUCCAGCUGCCCACGGCCAUCGCCCAGCUCGUGCCCGCGCUGCUGGGCAGGACCUACCUGGACGCGGCGAGCGCGGGUUGCUCCUCCCGGCGCGCGCCCGCAGCCGCAGGUACCGCUGGUCCCCAAGGGGAGAUGCUCCUGCUCCGCAUCCCCGGUGCCGCCCCGUAACCCGCAUCCCCGGCAGCGGAGCCCAUCACCGUGCUGUUCUCCGUCACCAACCGCCUCCAGGGCAAGCCCUUCGGCUUCAGCACCGCCGUGCGCGUCCCCGCCGGCUCCACGCUGCUGCAGGUCAUGGAGGCAGCGGCCGAGGAGAACCCCGAGGUCUAUAGCUUCCAGACGGAGCAGACGUCCUGGGGGAUCAUGGUGGUGUCCAUCCACGGGCUGGCCGGGAGCGCCGCGGAUCGGACGUACUGGCGGUUCCUCAGCGGCAGCGAUGCUCUGCAGGAAGGGGUCGGUCUCUACAAGCCGCAGGACGGGGAGCACAUCCAGGCUGUGUUCAGCACCUACUGAGCCCAUCGAGGGACCCCCCCCCCCAA